AUGUCGCUGAGACCGCACGAGAAGACAGAGGUCCGUCGAAACCGAUACAAGGUGGCCGUGGAUGCGGAGGAAGGACGCAGAAGAAGAGAGGAAAAUUUGGUCGAAAUCCGCAAAAACAAACGCGAAGAGAGCUUGAUGAAGAAACGGCGCGACUCUAUGCAAGAUCUUCAAGAUUUAAUCCCUGAUUCUGAUUCCGCCGAGAACAAGUUGGAGGAUUUAUCAAUGAUCGCCGGGUUUUGGUCGGAUGACCCUUCGUCGCAGCUCGAGUCCACUACUCAGAUUAGGAUUAUUCUAUCGAUCCAGAUGCCUUCUAUCGAGAACUUGAUACAAUAUGGAGUUGUGCCUCGUCUGGUUGAGUUUCUUAAGAAGGACGAUUUCCCCAAGCUUCAGCUUCAGGCGGCUCGGGCUCUAUCAAACAUAGCUACUGGGACAUGGGAGCACACCAAGGUGGUCAUUGAUCACGGCGCUGUUCCAGUUUUAAUCUAUCUUCUUUCUUCCCGUGAUGAGGCUCUCCGUGAGAAGUUUAUAUGGGCAUUGGGUAAUGUUGCUGGUGAUUCAACACACUGCCGUGACAUUGUUCUCAAGUGUGGGGCUUUGAUGCCACUGUUGAGUCUGCUUAACGAGCAUUCUAAGCUGUCUUUGCUCAGAGUUUCUUCUUGGACUUUGUCAAACUUCUGCCGUGGCAAGCCUCAGCCACCGUUUGACCAGGUGAAACCUGCUCUUUCUGCAUUUGAACGACUUGUUCAUUCGAGUGAUGAACAAGUCUUGGCGGAUACUUGCUGGGGACUUUCGUAUCUGUCUGAUGGUCAAGAAGAAGAAAUUCAACGUGUGAUCGAGGCUGGUGUUGUCCCAAGACUAGUUGAACUUCUCCUGCAUCCUUCUCCAUUUGUGCUUACUCCUGCACUUCGUACCAUUGGUAAUAUAGUUACUGGAAAUACUCUGCAGACCCAGUGUGUGAUCAAUAAUGGUGCUUUACCCAUUCUUGCCAACCUGACUACUCAAUUCUUUACGAGAUGCAUAAAGAGGGACGCUUGCUGGACGAUUUCAAACAUCACUGCAGGCACUGAAGAACAAAUUCAGUCAGUUAUUGAUGCAAAUUUGAUUCCAGUAUUGAUCAACCUGGCUCAAAAUGCUGAAUUUGACAUAAAGAAAGAAGCUAUAUGGGCAAUAUCAAAUGCCAUUGCAGGUGGUUCUCAUGAUCAAAUCAGAUACUUGGUGGAGCAGAGUUGCAUAAAACCUUUAUGUGAUAUUCUGGUAUGUCCAGAUCUAGAAAUCAUCUCUUUUUGUCUGGACGUAUUGGGAAAAAUUCUGAAGGUCGGAGAGGCAGAGAAGAUCAGAGGACACAUGAACUUUAUCCAACUGGUUGAAGAUGCGGAAGGGCUAGAAAAGAUUGAGAAGCUGCAGAGCAAUGACAACAAUGAGAUCUACGAGAAGGCUGUGAAGAUUCUGGAGACAUACUGGGUUGAAGAGGAAGAUGGUUUUCAUCUGGGUUUUCGCUUCAGAAGGGACCAAGUUCAAGUUUUUCCUGAAUUCUACUUCUGUUAAAAAACAAACCUUUUAAACUGUUAAUAGUCUU